AUGAUCCAUCCGCCUACUUCUUCCAUCAGUCGCCACGUGCAGUUCGGGGAUUUGGGCUCUGCAUUUCCCACCGCCUACGAGUUCGUGGCACCAUCGGCCGAUUCCAUCGUCUGCAAUGACGCUCGACUGUGUCUCCAAUUGAAGAUUUCUUCUGCAUUCGAAACCGACCCUUUCUUCCUGCAUCAAUAUGACAGCAACCACCCCGUGGUAUCGGCUACAUUCGACACACACCAGCCAUUCGAUAUCUUGCCGCUGAUUCGUGGAGGUAGUGACGAUACGACGUGGUGGUUCCAGUCCAAUGCUACGACGACGGGGCCUGUUAUUGACUUGUUAUUGAGACUUCGGCAACGCAGCCAGAGACUGUCAGCGAGAGACCAAUUACUCCGUACGGACUGUACGGCAAUCAACGAGUGA